GGGAGAGAGAUAUGUGCUUUCGAGGUGAGAAUUGACGCUGUCGAUUAAUACGUCGGUGCCAAGUUUGACGACAUACCAUAUGGUACGUCGAACACCAAUACCACAGCAUCUGUAUGCGAGGCUUUCUCGUCCUCCACUGGUACAUGUCAUGGGUAAGACAAUAGAGUACCAGUUGUGAGAGCCUGCAAUCGUGCGUGGAAAUGACGAGCAACUUGUAAUACGACAAAAAUUUGUGCGGACGUUGAAAUUUUCUGGUAAAGCCAUUUUCAUUUGAGUAGUGGCAGCAAAGUUUGUCUUCUCUUUUUUCUUCCUUGUUAUGUGUUUGAAUCCUUGUCUGUAACUGGUCUGAACUACUUGUCCUCGUCCCCUCCAAGCUGCGAGAAUAGAGUAUAAGGAUCCUGUCUUGUUGGUAUACAAUCAUGUCCCAACCCCGUGUCCCGCCUCCAGCCAGCAACAGCCUGAGUCUGUUAUCCCUGUCCAUGGCAGCAGCCAAUAUUCCUCCCUUGACCUUCCCGGCACCGGCCUCGGCGGAGCCGACCACGGUCACUACUGCCAAACUCCUGCCGCAGGCUUUGACCAUCAAUGGUCACACUAAGCACCGCCGUCUGUCGUCGGCAGGUCGAUCGAGGAGACGUUUAAGUGACGCUCGCGAUGCCGCAACCCGUCCUUCGUCGGCGUCCCUCUUGAGCACGUCGACGUCCUUGGCCGCUUUGUCUCUGUCUUCUCCUACUAUGUCCAAUAAACCCUCUAUAGUCCAACCUGCCACCGGUGCACAACAGUCUUUACCUAUCACAUCGACGUACACUUCUAUAGACGACACAUCCCAGGUUGGAAGUGUGGACGACAAGACCCUUGCGACGUCGCAAGCUGGAAAUGGCAGGGCUGGGAGGAAACGAGGAACCGUCUUCACUUGCGAGAGCUGUUCCAAAGUGAGUCUUUUUGGGACUGUUGGCGACGUCACGUCUAUUGACAUGGAUGUACUCGUCCACCAGGUUUACAGGCACCCGUCUUGCCUGAUCAAACAUCGAUGGGAACACACUCCUCAAUGGCAGGAAGCCUCAAGGUUCGUCUUGAGCAAACACCAACAAGUGCAACUGCUGGAGGCAGCUGCAAUCUUGUCACAUUUAUCACCUUCAUGCGCAUCAUUACCCGAAGACCGCUCCCUCUGGCCAUCUUUCUUAUCAGGCGGACUAGUUCCCCCUCCUGCACAUCUUAACUCCACCAACAGCACCACGGAUUCCCCUCCCAACGAUGCCCACGCAAAUCUUUCUAACAUAUCUACGUCUCAUCCGAUAUCCAGUUCUGUUCCUGUAACUUCCAUGAGGAUUGGUGGCGGCCACAAGCGUUCCGGCUCGACAGGCCCGCGGUUGCAUGACUAUGCGAUUCCGCAAGGCACGAGUGGCCCCGGAGAGAUUACGCAGGUCCGCCCCGGACUGUUGGGCGUGACGACCGUUCCCUCGUCCGCAUCCGAUACCGAUCCUACUUCUCGCUCUAAUUCUGAUUCUGAUUCUGGUUUGAACUCGACGUCGAACUCAACUUCAUCUGAUCUUUCGUCUCCAAGCCCAGGCAUACGUGCAGACACGAAGAGUGCUUCUCUCCCGGUCCCGGUACCUAAUGCUGGCUCAGCAAAUGAUGAUGCGCUGAAUCUGCUUUCUCUUCGUAUUGCGAGCGUGCGCUCUACCGACUUGUGGGGAUCACCCCGAUCCUAUGGCGUCUCUACAUCACCGUACUCAUCCAGUGGCCUCGGCGCAUCCGUGGGUCCACUGUAUGCGUCGGUUUCGAACCACCAUACCCGUCGGAAUGGGCAUGGAAGAUCAUUCUCUGAGACCAACUGGUGCCUUCCGAGGUCAUCCGUGAGGUCCAAGUCGAGUUCAUCGCAAAGUCCAUCGCCUUCGGAGGGAAAGAGUGAGGAUGACGAUCCUGACCUUGUCGAGAUCGAGGCAGAUGGCGAUGACUCCAAAGGUUCUGCUGCAGGAGCCGGCACUCAUGGUCGCCCAUUGGUAGCUGGUGUAGCACGAUACAGCCUCAGGUACACCCCACUCGGGUAUGACACGAUGGGGAUGCCCGGUUAUGGAGGCUGUAAGAAGGAGGACGUGGAGAUCCUUGAACCGAGUGUACAGGAAGAAACAGACGAGGAAGGGAAUUGCAGGCUUUCAUCACUCCGUCAGAACGUUCUCAGGAACGCGAAUGAGUGGGACGGCAUGGAGAUGGAGAUGGAGAUGGAGAUGGACUAGUGCUGGUCUACCUUCAGUUCAGUUCUCCACCUUUUGCCGACCCUUCCUUACACCUCUUCUCUUGACCCGACUUGAUGGGCAGCUAAUCGAACUUGUACUUUUUUAUCACCAUCAUACCUUGCUGCCCACCUUGCCGCGGUUUUCUACACCCCUCUUACAUUCUCUGAUCUCCCCUCCUGUCUUUGCAGAUUGUUGUAUUUGUUCUUCAUAUUUCCUGUUAUUAUCCCGUCAUUCCUUUGACGUCGAGACUGGCGAAUCAGGGGAUGUGGGUGCUUGUAAUGUAAGAUAUCAUUUUGGGACACUUAUCUUUCUUCCUUGCUGCUUUGUCUGUCGUUCGCUGUAAUGUAUUUCUAAUCAAUAGGUUGUAA